UGAUACAUGUGAGUACCUUCUGUCCAGUGGGAGAUUUCUUGGAGAAAAAGUAUGGCAACCUCACAGUUGUAUGAUGCAUAAGUAUAAAAACAGUGAAGCAAAAAAUUGCCUCAUAGACAAACAUGUUGUGUUUAUAGGAGAUUCUAGAAUUCGACAGCUGUUCUAUUCAUUCAUAAAACUGAUAAAUCCUCAAGUCAAAGAAGAGGGAAUUAAGCAUGGAAAUAUCCCAUUUGAAGAUAAAUCUGCUUCAAUUAAAGUGGAUUUUCUGUGGUAUCCAGAAGUUAAUGGCUCUAUGAGGCAACGUAUCAAAUCUUGGACUGAGGGUUCUGUGGCAAAACCUCAUAUAAUUGUAGUAGGAGCUGCCACGUGGUCUAUCAAGAUUCACAAUGGCAGCAACGAAGCCCUUGCACAAUAUAAAAUCAAUAUCACUUCAAUUGCACCUCUUUUGGAAAAAUUAGCAAUAAGUAGUGAUGUUUACUGGGUCUUACAAGAUCCUGUUUAUGAAGAUAUGCUGAGUGAAAGUCGGAAAAUGAUCACUAAUGAGAAAAUAGAUGCUUAUAAUGAAGCAGCUGUUCGUAUUCUGAACAGCAGCUCCCGAAAUUCCAAAGCUAGAGUUAAAGUGUUCAGUGUAUCCAAAUUGAUAGCACAAGAAACUAUCAUGAAGUCUGUGGAUGGCCUGCAUCUCCCUGAAUCAAGCAGAGAUACAAAUGCAAUGAUUCUUAUGAAUGUCUACUGCAAUAAAAUAGUGAAGCCCAUUGAUGGCUCCUGCUGCCAGCCUCAGCCUCCACUCACUCUGAUACAGAAGAUAGCUUUCUGUUUUUUUACUUUGUCCAUUAUUGGAUAUUUAAUUAUCAGCUUAAUUCAUCGUAAUAAUUACCGGAAGAACAAAUCAUGCACUGACUUGGAAAGUGGAGAGGAGAAGAAACCUGUCAUCAGCACACCUAACGUUUCUACUUUAGAGAUGCUCUUACACUGCUUUUGCAAACUUGGUCUAAUCAUGACCUAUUUUUAUCUGUGUGACAGAGCAAAUCUUUUCAUGAAGGAAAAUAAAUUUUACACACAUUCAUCUUUCUUCAUACCUAUCAUCUAUAUCUUGGUUUUGGGGGUAUUUUAUACUGAAAAUACCAAAGAGACUAAAGUGUUAAAUAGAGAACAGACUGAUGAAUGGAAGGGCUGGAUGCAACUUGUUAUUUUGAUUUAUCAUAUCUCUGGAGCAAGCACUUUUUUGCCUGUGUACAUGCACAUUCGAGUUCUGGUUGCUGCAUAUCUGUUUCAAACAGGUUAUGGGCACUUCUCAUAUUUUUGGAUAAAAGGGGACUUUGGUGUAUACAGAGUGUGUCAGGUUUUAUUCCGUCUCAAUUUCUUGGUUGUGGUAUUGUGCAUAGUGAUGGAUCGACCUUACCAGUUCUACUAUUUUGUGCCAUUAGUCACUGUCUGGUUUAUGAUCAUUUAUGCCACCUUAGCUGUAUGGCCUCAGAUUGUCCAGAAGAAAGCAAAUGGGAACUGCCUGUGGCACUUUGGUUUACUGCUGAAACUGAUUUGCUUACUGACAUGUAUAUAUUUUCUGUCAUAUUCUCAGGGUGCAUUUGAGAAGAUAUUUUCAUUUUGGCCAUUGUCCAAGUGUUUUGAACUGAAUGGGAACGUCUAUGAAUGGUGGUUUAGGUGGAAGCUGGAUCGCUAUGUGGUUUUUCACGGGAUGCUGUUUGCUUUUAUUUAUCUGGCAUUGCAGAAACAUCAGAUGAUAUCAGAAGGAAAAGGAGAUCCUCUUUUCUCCAACAGAGUUUCAAAUGUUUUAUUAUUUAUUUCAAUUGUGUCCUUUUUGACCUACUCUAUUUGGGCUAGUAGCUGUAAAAACAAGACAGAGUGCAAUGAGCUACAUCCCUCUGUUUCUGUUGUGCAGAUUUUAGCUUUCAUCCUCAUCAGGAACAUUCCUGGAUAUGUCCGAUCUGUGUAUAGCUCAUUCUUCGCCUGGUUCGGCAAAAUUUCUUUAGAGCUUUUCAUUUGCCAAUACCAUAUUUGGCUGGCAGCAGACACAAAGGGGAUCUUGGUGCUCAUUCCUGGAUAUCCAAUGUUUAAUGUUCUUGUCAGCACUUUCAUAUUUGUGUGCGUGGCACAUGAGAUUUCUCAGAUCACUAAUGAUCUAGCACAGAUUGUGGUUCCUAAAGAUAACUCAACUCUGCUGAAGAGGUUGCUAUGCAUAGCUGGAUUUUUUUCUGGACUACACUUCUUCUCAGCAAUGCAAGAUCAGUCAAGGCAUUAACUUAGAAACUUUCUUCAGGUUUACUUUGUGUCUGCCUGAACAAAAAUUCUCAACUGGAGGUACAAGAAGACAUUUAAAUUAAGCGUGUGGAAAAUGUAUAUUGUGGAAAUGUACAUAUUUUGUGUGGAAAUAGCCUUCUCAAAUAAUCUGAGAAACAAGAGUGCACUGUACAGAAUUGCAUGUGAAAAUGAGUCUUUUCUACUGGAUGUUUGUUUCUGUUUACAUAUCUGUUGAAACGAGACACGAAGCAGUGCGGUGGUCGAGCAGCACCACGGGCACAUCACGGGAUUCAGCCAGCACUGGGCGAGUGCACGACCAGGGGCUGCUCCGGAGCACGCGGCGGACGCGGAGCUCGGAGCACAGAGCAUGGAGCACAGAGCUUGGAGCUCGGAGCACAAGGCUCCGAGCACAGAUCUCGGAGCACGGAGCUUGGAGCACUGAUCUCGGAGCUCGGAGCACGGAGCUUGGAGCACUGAUCCCAGAGCUCAGAGCACGGAGCUUGGAGCACUGAUCCCAGAGCUCAGAGCACGGAGCUUGGAGCACUGAUCUCGGAGCACGGAGCUUGGAGCA